CGUCACGCUCCUAAAGGCCGCAGUAAAAGCUGCACGCAGACGCACUGCCACCACCACCAGCCACGGUACUUACUGCUGCAUGGCUGUUUCGGAUUCCAUGAUAUCCAAAUCAAUAUAUUGUUGUCGACUGCCACGGCAACUGCCCGUUUGUGGAACGCGGCCGAUCCAUCUUCCAUGCUUAUGAGAUCGUAUUAGCUCGUCAGGCUCCGAGUAAUGCGAGUGAUGAUUCUGAGAGGGAAGUUUUACCGCUGUCACCACUGCAGACCCAUAAAAGCAGCUGUCAAGGUUGAGAACGAGGAGCCAAAGGGAGGAGAGAUCGAAGAGAGAGAGAGAGAGAGAGGGGAGGGGCGAAGGUAGACUCAUCACCCAAAAAGUCUCGGCCUCACAAGAGGAGAGAGAGAGAGAGGUUUCAGGUGGUAGAGGGAGAACGUGCUCCUCUAUUUGAGCAGAUCUAGAUCUAUAUCUCUAUCUAUCUACCUAGUUAGACUAAACACAAGAAAGAGAGAGAGAGAGAGAGAGAGAGAGAGAGAGAGAGAUUUCUUCUGGGCAGAAAACAACGCCAAGGGCAUGCCGGGAGAAGCAACAGCCGACGGUGGCGUUGCGGCCGAAGAGAGCUCCAUUAAUGGCUGAGUGCCCCGUGUUUACCCCUCUCUUUCUGUGGAAAUGGUUGAAUACCUCGGUCAGUGCUAGUUUUCGAGAACCACGCACCCUUUUUUCUCUCUGAACACUGAAGUGGAGAAUCGUCGUCUUUAUCAACAAGUUUGCUGAGAAAUAAAUUUGGGUAGAGGAGGAAGAGAGAGAGAGAGAACGAGCGAGCGAGAGAGUAGCUUCAUGGACGUGUACGAGGCAACGAGGGUGGUGUUGGCGAGGAUCCAGUGCUUGGACGCAGAGAACGCGGCCAAGAUUAUGGGCUACGUCUUGAUCCAGGAGCACGGCGACAAGGAGAUGAUCCGCCUGGCCUUCGGUCCCGAGGCCCUCCUCCACUCCGUCGUCCUCAAGGCUCGCAAGGAGCUCGGCCUCCCUGCUCCCCCUUCGCUUCCCUGCUCCUCCUCCUCCGCCGCCGCCCCUGCUCCCCCAACACCUCCAGCAGCAGCUGCAGCCUCCCCUUCUCCCCUGGGACUCCUCGCCCGACAAAACUCGUCCUCCCGCUUCUCCUCGCUCGCUGUCUCCUCCCCCACCUCGUUCGCUCCGCCGCCUGUCUUCUCCCGCGCCGGUAGAGCGAACAGCGCCCUCAAUGGGUCCCUGGACGAGCUCCACGGCUCCGACGAGCUCCUCAGCCCCGGCAGCCCCAGCCCCUCUCCGUUCUUUAACGGCGGCUCAACAUCCGGUGAUCCUCUCGUCGAUGAGUUCCACCUCCAAGACCAGCUCUCCUUCCUCAACGACCCAGCCGCCGGCUCUGGUCCGGACAACUCCUUUCAUAUGGGCCCAAGAGCCGCUGCCGCCGCCGGCGGAUGUGACUUCUACCCAGACGUCGGGUGUCGUAGCCCGAGCGGCAGCGGUGACGGACUGCUGUUUCCUUACCGCAUGGGAUGGGGCGUCAACGGGAACCACCACCGCCGGAGCUGGUCCGCCGCCGACCUCCCCCUCCGUUCGGAUGCCGCCGGGUUAGGUUGGAAGCCGUGCCUCUAUUUCGCCAGAGGUUAUUGCAAGGACGGCACUGCUUGUCGCUUCCUCCACGGUCUGCCAGACGAAAACGCCGCGGCGCUGGAGCAGCAGUGCCCGGACCUGCUGCUUAGGUCCAAGAGCCAAAGAAUCGGCAGCGGCGGCGCGACGCAGCUCACGGCGUCCGCUUUCCCUUACUCUCCGCUGGGUUCGCUGCCGUCCUCCCCAUCGUCGACAAGCAAAUGCCUCGACUUCCUUCUCCAGCAGAAAAAUGAUAGCCAAAGGGCGGCGGCGGUGGCAGCGGCACUGAUGCGGACGAGGAUGGAAAGGAGCGAUCUUGCGGGGAUGGCGAAUCCGGGGUCGAGGCAGAUCUACUUAACCUUCCCUGCAGACAGCACUUUCACCGAAGAAGAUGUCUCCAACUAUUUCAGUAUCUACGGGCCAGUGCAGGAUGUGAGGAUCCCGUACCAGCAAAAACGAAUGUUUGGAUUCGUGACCUUCGUCUACCCGGAGACCGUGAAGCUGAUCUUGGCGAAAGGAAAUCCCCACUUCGUCUGCGAUGCGCGGGUUCUCGUCAAGCCUUACAAGGAGAAGGGAAAAGUCCCCGACAAGUGCAGGAAGCAGCAGCAGACUGAAAGGGGAAAUUUUUCUGGGUGUUCGACUCCCACGGGCUUGGAAUCUAGAGAUGCAUAUGACCUUCAGCAACUUGGAGGAGCAAGGACGCUGUACAACAACAACAGCAGCAGCGGCCAAGAGCUGCUGUUGCUGCGGAGGAAGCUGGAGGAGCAGCAGCAAGUGCUGGAGCUACAGCAGGCCAUCGAGCUGCACGCCAGGCGACUCAUGAACCUCCAGCUCCUCGAUCUCAAGAACCGGAGCCUCUCCUCCUCCACCCCAUCCUCCAUCAACUCCCCUGCCAUUCAUGCUGCUCCAGCGGUCACCAUUCCUACAGCCGACACAAUGAGCAAUGGCAGCGGCAACAGCAGCAGCCAAGAACACUCCCCAACUGGAGGAGCAGAUCAGAAGAUGAACAGCUCCAAUGGUUUUCUCGAGAAAAAGACAGUCGACCCUGCUGAUAAGAAGGAAUCUGACGCUGAAGCGAACCCCAAUAAAGAUAGCGAUAUCCACGAAAGCGCCGAGCACAUCUUGCCGGAUAGCCCCUUCGCUUCGCCUACCAAAUCGUCCAUCGCUCUCGAUCCUUUCUCCGCCGCCGAAGCGGACAUCGCCGCGACCAGUGCUGCCAUCGUCAACAACGGGAGCAGCAGCGGUGCCCACCUAAUUCCCUCUACGUUGCUACCGUCGACUUCCACCAUCGACAUGGCUUCCCAUAAAUCAUGCUUCCUCCAAAUGCCGAGGUUCUCCUCCAGCCAUGGAGCCAUUGGAAUGUAGACUUGGAGGUGUAGCCUGGUGGGUGAAGAAACCCUCCAUAAACCAGAGUAAGCAUACGAUCAAAGAUAACGCGGGUUUGGCGAGUUCGUCAUCAUCAUCAUCAUCAUCAUCAAUUUCCGAAUGCUUUCUGGAAUGAAAAAGCAGUAAUGAAUCAGAUGGUAACUUCUUAUAGUGUAAGCUACCUUCGCUUCCCCUUCCCCUUCCCAACUCCCAACUCCCAACUCCUCCAGCUGAGUCACGGAAAGCUGCAACUUCAGCAAUCAAGCAAUCAGCCAGACUACAUCCCUACUUCUACUUGAUAGUGUACCAGUCACCACACAGCUGCUGGUUUCCACCCACCAAGAAUACUCUACAGGCUCACAAACAACAAACAGGAAAGGACAGACAGACAGCAGACUGAAUUCUGUAAAGAGAUAGCUCAGUAAGAGAAAAAAGCAGCACAGAAAAAGUACCACAACAAAGAGGAGAUGACUGACAAAAAGAUACUCAAGUGUGAUCAUUUGCCUGCUGUUGAGUGGUCUUCUGUUUUCCUUUUGCCAUCUUCAAUUGUGGCAAAUAUAUAGACAAACAAAUGCUCAGAUAGUUACAAAUGGUUUCAUCUCCUCCUUCUCUCGUGUA